GCUAAUUGGAAUUCACCCCUCGAAGCCCACCGAAGCCCUAGCCAUUCCUUUAUCUAUGGGCGAAGUCAGAGCCAGAGGCCUCCCAGACAGAUGUCACAGCAGCUUCCGUGGAGCGAGAUCGAGAAACACGCCGACAUAUCCUCGUGUUGGGUAGUCAUACAUGGAAAGGUGUACGAUCUGACUGCUUUUGUGAGCGAGCAUCCAGGAGGUCCGGACAUUCUGCUAGAUGUUGCUGGAGGAGAUGGCAGUGAGUUGUUUGAGGACAUAGGCCACACGUCCAGUGCCAGAGCAAUGAUGACCCAGUAUGCCAUUGGAGAGGUGGAAGACUAACAAUGGGUGAGAGUCUACUAGUUACAGUAUCUUGGUCUUAUCCACUUUCAGAUGUAAGAGCGCAUGCAGAUGUUAUUCAUAGUCGCCAGAAGGGAAAACCAGUGCAAUCACGACAGCAUGGAGCACUGGUUUCGGUGCUGUUUUGCAAACAUGCUUCUGGUGUGCUAUGUACUGUGUACGUUUAGUUUGUGAUAGUGUGAACUAUGUAAAGAUUAUUUCUUU